UUCCCUGCAGCAUCUUUACACGCAGCAAAAAGGAAAAAGUGGAUUCAGGCGAUGCGCCGAAUGAACGUCGACGGGUCUACGUGGACGCCUACAGCCAACUCGCGCGUUUGCAGCGAGCAUUUCAUAUCAGGAGAACCAUCGAGGUUUCCAGACCACCCCGACAACGUCCCAUCUGUGUUCAAGCACAAGCCUGCGAGCCGCCGUGAUGCUGUUGGGCGUUUUGAAAGGUCAAUCAACAGACGAAAUACCAAGCCAGCAAUCGCACAGAACAGCCAGACUUCGAGAAGUAACCCAUCAAUGGUGCCAGCUGUCGCGGAAGAUUCAUCACACUGCAGCAAUGGCAGCCCAGGGCUGGAACCCGAGGCAGCAUGUCAACUAAUUCAUUAUGACUCCGGGGAACAUGAACAUAUCCAAGCUAGUGAAGUACCUGUGCAUCGUACAACCCCUCUUGAAAGUGGUGCUUCUAAGCAUGAUGAAUGCCAGCCCGACCAGAUGUCUAGCCUUAGAAUAGCUGAACUUGAAGCCCUUUUAGCUAAAGCAGAAGAAAGGAACUUGGCUGUACAGAGAUAUUUAAAAGCAGCACAGCAGCAUACUGACGCCUGGAGAAUGAGCUACUAUGUCAAGAAGCGCUAG